AUUGAGUCAGUCAGUCAGUUGCAAGGAGGUGGGGUAUUCCCUCUGUGACCAGCAAAACUCCACAGAUCACGAAUGGCCCGCGUGAUAUUCCAAAUUUGGGUUUGCGCGGGCGCAUCCAUAUUUGGGCAUUUACAAAAUAUCACCUACCCGCAAAAUGUAACGACAUUCGAUGUGCAAUGUAACCUAUAUGCCCGUAUCACAUCUUUUGCUUUCUAAAGAAAGAACGAUGUUUCAAGUCUUUGAUUGACCACUUCCACGAGAUAAAAACGAACACUUGGAAAUCGCGACUGCUCAAAACGUUCAUAAAGUUUAAGAGCUGCACUUGUGAGUCUUGGUGUAAUCGCAACCAUGACUUUAAAUAGUACAUCUCACCCGUAUUAUCCGUUGGGGCUGGAGCUACCGCACUACGUACCAAACAGUCUCCCCGAUGUCGCCGUAACGGGCCUGACUCUCGGCUCCUUCGUUAUCAUUUUCCUGAUAGUCUGGAGGUACACCGAGCAGGACAAGUUUGGCCGGUUCUUGGGCUCAUGGGAGAAGGCAGCCCUAUGCUGGUGGGCGCUAUGCGGCUGUAUUCACAUGGUCGUGGAGGGAUAUGUCAGCCUCAACAGUGGCACUUUCCCCGGGAGCAACAAUUUCCUGGCGCAACUCUGGAAGGAAUAUGCAAAGGGCGACAGCAGAUACAUGCAGGCUGAUGCUUGCAUCAUCAUCAUGGAAGGCCUGACUGCCUGGCUAGAAGGUCCCGGAUGCUUCCUGAUCGUAUGGGGCUUCCUCAACAGACACCCGAUGCGUCACGUGCUCCAGUUCGGCGUUGCCAUUGGUCAAUUUUACGGUACCCUGCUUUACUUCUUCACCGAGAUUUUCGAUGAUUUCGCCCACGGUCCCCGCUUCCACCCGUACUACUGGUGGUUCUAUGUCUUCGGUCUGAACUCUCCCUGGCUCGUGGUACCCCCGAUCCUGAUCUACCAGUCCUGGAAGGAGCUAAACAAAGCACAGAAAGGACUGGACAAGUCUACUGGAUUCAACAUUGGAAACGGAAAAGAGAAAGUCAGAUAAAGAAAGCCGGUAGAACCUGAAUGGGGCCUGUUUUUCAGAGAGAAAAUUAAAAUGUUUCUGUAAACUCAUAACGGCUUAAAGAAUAAAUUUGAAGUACGUAUACAGUAAGUUUCCACAUUCAUAAACGAACUGAUAGUCGUUUGUGAUACACGUUUCUUCUUAAUAAUGUAUGCAUCAUUCCGUCAAAAUAUAUACAUGUAUAUAUCGACAAAUGAAGCUCACCUCUCUAUACCUAUUCAAAGUUGGUGUCUCUGUUCGAUUACUGACACUUUUACAUCGCCUUUACACGAACAAAAGUCAAAAGAAUAAAUUCUCAAAAUUGUUUUCAAAUGAUGAACGUAAAGUAUUGCAGAGUGCGGAUGUAGGUGCAACUAUGAAGCUAACAAUGUGUAUACAAGUUUCGGAUCUUUUCAUCGUCACAGUAUCAAUAUGGAAUUGUCAUGGAAUCACUAAGUCUUAUAACUGAAGGUAUAUUUACAUGUACAUUUAUUUCGAUUUUUGUUUUCAAUAAUUUUGAUAUUUCUUAAUCACCUAAAUCCAUAUAUCUGGAUCUGUAAGAUUUUAUUCGUAUGUUGAUCAAGUUGUCCGUGUUAUGCAUUCUUCUGUAUACCUGGAAAUACAGAAACGAUUUUCGUCUUGUAGAUCUUGUAGGCCCAUUUGACACAAAAUGUCUCUGAAUAUUAUACAAAAAGCAGUGUUAGGCGUAUUUGGUAUAGUACAUUGUGUACAUAACCAUUCUGUUUCGCAUUUCUUUUUAGUUAUCUCAGCAUGUUACUUUAUUUCUUGGUUGUAAGAUACCGUAAAUUGUAUGGGUUUGCCCAUACACUUCGAUAUACUUCGAGGCAGACAAAGUGGAAUUUUGAUAGUAUAUAAUUAAAACAAAAGAGUAGAAAAUGGAAAACAAA